ACAAGUUCGGUUUUAAUUUUUAAAUGCAAAGUUAUGGAAAAGCAUUAUCUCAUAUCAUUGAUGUCAGGUGCUAUAGCUGGAACAGCUGUUGAUACAAUAUUAUUUCCACUUGACACGAUUAAAACGCGUCUGCAAAGCAAUGCUGGAUUUUUUAAGUCUGGAGGAUUUAAAAAAAUUUAUUCAGGUAUAGGAGCUGCUUUUGUUGGUUCUGCGCCCACUGCUGCAAUAUUUUUUAUCACAUAUGAAUUUUGUAAAAGAAAUUUAAUUUAUCAUAAUUACAUUGUUUUAAAUUAUAUGAUGAGUGCGGCAGUAGCUGAAAGUGUUUCAUGCAUUAUUAGAGUCCCCAUUGAAGUUAUAAAGCAAAGAAGGCAGGCUUUCUUCAGCUUAUCAAAUGAUAAAAUAAUCAGAGAUAUAUUGUUAAAAGAAGGUCUUUUAGGAUUUUAUCGAGGGCUAUUACCUACUAUACUUAGAGAAAUUCCCUUUUCAUUUGUUCAAUAUCCUCUUUGGGAAUAUUUUAAAAAAAGCCAGAAAUUUAAAAUAACUUCUGAGUAUAAUUUUGUGGAUGCAUAUACAAAAGGUGCUUUGGCUGGUGGUGUUGCAGCAGCAUUAACUACACCAUUGGAUGUAAUUAAAACAAAAAUCAUACUUGCCAAAGUUAAAUACUUAUUUUAUAUGUAUAAAAGAAUAUUAUUUUAUAAUCAGAAAGACAAUUCCCAAAUAUCUAUCAUUAAAAUCUGCAAAGACAUAAACUUAAAUAAAGGAUUUAAAGGAUAUUUUGCUGGUCUGAUUCCAAGAAUAAUGUGGAUAUCCAUUGGUGGGGCAAUAUUUUUGGGCACUUAUGAAAUCACUUCUAAAAACUUUGAAAAAUAUUUUAAAAAUUAUUAAUUUAUUUAAUUAUAUUGUCUUUAUGAAAUACCUCAUUGGAAAAAUUGUGA